GUUCAAUGUGGGGGCGAGAUGCAGCUAGGGGUGUUGACUUCUGGAUCCUGAAAGACACACCUCGCUUGCGUUCUUUUUCUCAAUAACGCUUUCAAACUAUGUCUAAAUCAUCAUUUUAUUUGAGCUAUAGCAAGCUCAGCCGGCACGGACCAACUGGAGCUCCCUCGACAUCGUUAACUAUCGCUGCCAUCAACUUCUCCCUUCCUCCCCUGAGUCUCUGCGAAUGUACGGAGAAAGUGUAAGUGCUAAACAUCUAAACUCGACCUCGUUUCGUCCUUUAUAAAACUACGGAAACUACUAGAAGUAUGAAAAUCUGUGACUUCAUUAUUAACAGCCGCCCCUUUCUACGCCAAGCUCAGCAUAACGUUAUCUAAAGCCAUUACAACAGUGAGCAAAUGGAUGGCGUUGUUGAGAUGAAGGUAUACAUAACAUCAUGCUGGGAGGCUUUAUUCAAAGAUAUUUUACCAUUUAUAUUUCUCCCAAGACCCGGCUACCCCUACCAACCACGAAAUUUCUGAACAAUUGUUGGAAGAAAAAAAAAAAAAAAAAAAAAAAACCAUGCAAGCUACGAAUAACUGGUCCUUUCACUCCAUCGCCGGAGCAUAUAUGCUUGGCCUAGCCCCUCAUGGAUACUACGUGCUUAAACUAGCUUCAAUGAAACAGAUAUCCAAUGUCCUGCCUCGCGACCACUUCUCCUCACUCAAGGGUCGUAUCCCAGCGGAGACAUGGGGUAAGCUCUUUCGCGCGCACAGCGCGCAUCUGAAUGCGUUAGAGUCCCUUCCUUUGUUUGCUGCUGCAAUGAUCGCAGGAAAUGCCGCGAAGCUGCCUGCCAGCGAUCUAAACCUGAUCGCUGCUGAAUAUAUUGGUGCCCGUAUGAUAUACACCGCGCUGUAUAUGAGUGUCAAGUCGGAAGGUCUCAGCUACUUGCGAAGCGGAGUGUGGGCAUGGAGUAUCGGGUUGCCGCUCUACGGUCUGAUCAAAGCUGGGAGGGCGCUGGCGGGAGGUGAGGGAGAUAUUCCUUAGAUUCUGCUGUUACUAUAGCGGUUGUUGUUGGUGUCGCAUUUUUCCUUUGCAUGCCUGUAUAUAUUAUUGGGGCGAGAUUAUUUGAGAAAGAAAUGGUGGUCAGCGUUGGUUUUGGCACAAUAAAUAGUGGGCCUUUGCUGCACAUCUCACUAUACAGCCCCCAAUUUUUGACAUAGAGGACAGUAGUAUCAGAGGGCUUGAAGAUGUUCGGAGGCAUCGAACUACCUUAAGCAUGCAUAAUACAUACUCCAUUAUAACUGUUUUGUUUCAAUAUCGAAUUUUUAACAUCAAAGUAGAAUCGGCGGAGCGUUGCUGUUGGA